GGCGUGGUUUGUUUAAAUUAUGGCCAUGACGCAAGCGGAUGAGUUUUUAAUCCGCUGCCGCAGCAGAUCAGAUGAGCGGCCGGGUAACACCGAGGAAGGGGGGGUGUGCAAUCGGUCGGUCGGUCGGCAGAAAACGGUCCGUAAAAUAACAAUAACAAAAAUAAAAUAGCCACAGAUUAAUCCUAGUAAUAAGAGUGUACACGCGGAGGACCGUGUAAGGACGAUUUAUCGGCGACCGAGACCCCCUACAGCUCCUCCUCUAUACGCUGUAUAGGAAGUUAAAGGUCACUCCGUCUGCGCGCUCCCGUUUUUGUUCUUGGGGGAAAAAAAGGCCGCGACUAAUCGCGAGCUCCCGUUUUUAUUCCCGUAUUUUGACGCUAAUAAAUGGGUGAUUACGGCUUCGGCUUGUUACAGACAGCAAGUCUCGACAGCAGCAGCGCGCUGUUCGGCGCAUUCAGAUCGUCCUAUUCGAGCCUCUCCCCGGUCACCGGUGACCUCCUCCUCCCCACCGCCUCUCCGCAGUCUCUCUCACGCAGCAGCAGUACAGCAGCGUCCCCGCUCUUCCCGUCGGCCGCUGCGCCCCGGCGAAUCAUGCAGGAUGAGCCCGCGGGGGUGACAGCCUCGCGGCGUCAGGUCCCGUCCACCGAGUCGAGCGACGAGGCCGGAAACGCGGCGGCCGAGCGAUCGCCACCCACCGGCGGCUGCGACAACGGGACCGGCCUUAGCCACACGGACUACGACUUCAGCGACUUUAAGACCGGACAAGGCCGAUUCGGUGCUGUCGCGUCACUACGUGACCUUGAGAGAGAGAGAAACGAAAAUCAGCACACAGAGUCUGAGUGCGCCACGGAAGGCCCCGGGCAGCUCCCAGUGGACGCUCUGACCGAUGUUGCGCCGCCAUUGAGCGCAUCCGUGAGUCCCAACAAGGUCCAGAUCCGAAUGGAGCCCACAAGUGCGCAUCUCGCAGCUGCUUUUACGAGCCUCCCGCAUCACGACACCACGGCUGCUUCACCCUCCCUGCCCGGGUUCGGUGCACCGUGGUCGGUGCACACGAGCUCCCCCCCUCCGCCUGUAUCCAAUAACGGGAGUCACAUUAUGCCUGGAACGGAACCCGAUGGAGGAUUCUACCCAGGAAUCCCGUCCUCGGUGAAUCCCGGCUUCUUUCAGAGCUACUCACCCGGUGUGAACGCGCACGGCUUCGGCGCUCCGUUCUCGCCGCAGAUGGGCGGCGCUCCGCCGCAGCACGCGCCCAGCCGCCGCUCCCCGCUCAGCCCGCAGCAUGGCACCUUCCUGCAGCAGAGAAACAGCUACAACCAGCAGCAGCCCCUGAUGAAACAGUCUCUGUGGGGCAGCGGCUGGAACUCGGCGGGCGUGCCCUGGGGCAGGGACCAUCGAGGGCGUGGUGUGGGAAUGGCCAUUCCCGUCUCGCUCGGCCAGAUCUCACCCAUGAAGAAGCCGUUUAGCAGCGGGAGCGUCAUCGCCCCACCCAAGUUCCCACGCUCAGGGGCGUCACUCGUCCCCAAGACAUGGAGUGAUGACAACGUGUUCCGCACAGACAACAACAGCAAUACACUGCUGCCUCUGCAGGAUCGCAGCAGGAUGUACGACAGUCUGAACAUGCACUCACUGGAGAGCUCUCUGAUCGACAUCAUCCGGGCCGAGCAGGACCCUCUGAAAGGCCGCAUGGGAUGCCCACACCCUGGCGCCGAUGGCCUGCUCAUGCUCAAUGCGAGGAGUUACGGCAGACGACGAGGACGCUCCUCACUCUUUCCGAUUGACGACGGUCUCCUUGACGACAGCCACGGCAACCAUGGCGUACACGGAGUUCUGGGGUCUUCCGGUUAUCCGCAUCAGAACGGCGAGCGCAUUGAGAGGUUCUCGCGGAAGGUGUUUGUGGGCGGUCUGCCCCCCGAUAUAGACGAAGAUGAGAUCACAUCCAGUUUUCGCCGCUUCGGUCACCUGGUGGUUGAUUGGCCACACAAGGCAGAGAGCAAAUCCUACUUUCCUCCAAAAGGUUAUGCCUUCCUGCUUUUCCAAGAAGAGAGCUCGGUGCAGGCGCUGAUCGAAGCCUGUAUGGAGGAAGACAACAAACUCUACCUGUGUGUGUCCAGUCCCACCAUCAAGGACAAGCCCGUUCAGAUCCGCCCGUGGAACCUGAGUGACAGUGAUUUUGUGAUGGACGGCUCUCAGCCUCUCGACCCUCGCAAGACCAUCUUUGUAGGCGGAGUUCCUCGUCCUCUGAGAGCAGUUGAGUUGGCGAUGAUCAUGGACCGUCUGUACGGCGGCGUGUGUUACGCCGGGAUCGACACUGACCCCGAGCUGAAGUACCCGAAAGGGGCGGGCCGAGUGGCCUUCUCCAAUCAGCAGAGCUACAUCGCUGCCAUCAGUGCCCGAUUCGUCCAGCUGCAGCAUGGAGACAUUGACAAACGGGUGGAGGUGAAGCCCUACGUUUUGGACGACCAGCUGUGUGACGAGUGUCAGGGGGCUCGCUGUGGAGGCAAGUUCGCGCCCUUCUUCUGCGCAAAUGUCACAUGUCUGCAGUACUACUGCGAGUUCUGUUGGGCAAACAUCCACUCGCGUGCUGGUCGAGAGUUCCAUAAGCCGUUGGUCAAAGAGGGAGCCGACCGGCCGCGCCAGAUUCACUUCCGCUGGAACUAACAAACCACCAGGAAACAAAGCGCCGCCUUCGAGCCUGUGCUAUCAGUAUAGAUCACCUAACAGUAUAUAGAGAUCUAUGGAUAUAUUUAUCUUUAUCUUUUGUAGCAGCCAGAAACACUACAUGCCUCAUUCGUUUCACCAAAUCACACACUUUUCUCCUCUACCCUAUCCUCAGUCCCUACAUCUCAGGCCUUUGUAGUACUUCGGUAUUUAGUUUAGUUUUUUUUUUUUAGGAAAAUAACAGAAGAGUUUUUUUUUUUUUUUCGAAUUAUUUUUAUAUGUCAGAUUUAACAAGUAAAUAUGAGAAUGUCUUUUGCAUGAGAGGGCAGUCUGUCUGUCUGCCUGCUGCUAAAAAAAAACAAACAAACAAACGAGAAAAAAAAAACGCUGAGGGCAAAGUGCGCAAUCGUCUCUUGAUAAACACUUGAUGUGAUUCUGGGGAGCCCCAUCGUCAUCGGGAAAAACGCAAACUCGUGCUGAACUAGGAGCGGAGAUAUCAGUAAGCUCCCCUGCUGACAUAGAAACCUGCCGAGGGUCCUUACCAAAGGUAGCGAAAAAAGUAAUAUUCUCACCUUUAUUAUGUCAAUUUUGAAAAGGUUUUGGGGAAAAAAAAAAACAAAUCUAAUAUGCGCUAUUUCAAAAGUAGUCAAUCAGCCAGGAGCAAAAAUCUAAUCAAUUAACAAACCAAAUUUUUUUUUUCCACAAAUAUUUCUAUAUAUUUCUGAGGCAGAUUAUUGUUAUCAUCAUGCAGCUCACCAUCUUGGACAACACAUUUUUUUUCCUUAUCACAGUUUAUCAUUCAUCCCCCUUCGGCUCAAUCGGCUAAAGUUUCAGAGCGUAAAUGUAGCUGGACUCUAUGUAUGAAAUAAAACACAACAGGACAUGUUGCUCUAGGAAAAGAACCACUGACCGCUGUUUUUUCCCACGUUAACGUCAUGUCUUGUCGUGUUUUAUUCCAAGCAUGGCGGUGUUUUAUUUAUUAAACAAUGACACACUGUAGGUUUUAUCCAAUCCAAGUUACAUAUAAUGUUGCAGAACGUAAUCAAAGCAGGUUUGUUCAUGUUAACACUUACGUUUGAGCAGCAAUAGAUUUUUUUUAUUCAACGUCGAGCUUGUCUUGCUAAUCGACUUCGUUUACACUAAACGAAAAACACCUUCAAUUUCUUUCCAGCCCGUCCCUUUAAGAGGUUUAAAAAAAUUCAAAAACAAAAUUUUAAUUUCUUUAAUUGGCCUGACUAAUAGCUUAUUGCUAACGCCUGUGUCACAUUUGAAUCUCAAGCGAGGUAUAUGAUAAGCUUUGCUGCUAUAACUUCUUGUUGCGAUUAUAUAACGCCAUUAUUACGUAUAACUCACGCUUGCGUGUGUCUUUGCAUCGUUUGCAUGCGUUAGGCUUCUAGAGCGAGAAAGACACACGGGAUUCAAUUUAUCACUCAUGUCAAUAUGUAGCACGAGAGAUUUAAAAAGAUAUUUUCUCUCAAGUGCAAGAUACUAUCGCUAACGGUAAGCAUUAAAGAAUAUUGUGUCGAAAAUGCGUACUAAACACCUUUGCAUGCUUCGAGAUGGUCAUUUGUUGACACAAAUAGCGUCAUUAGCUUUUCGGUUAGCGCUAUUUAGUGUAUCACUUAAUGAAGAAUCAGUGUGCCGUAUAGUGCUCUUGUCCGUCUUUGUGUGUGUGUGUGUGUGUGUGUGUGUGUGUGUGUGUGUGUGUGUGUGUGUGUGUAUUCAUGUCAGUAUUUAGAUUAGAAAUAAUGUACAUAGCGGAACGUUUCACCAUCGCUAGUUUCGGUGCUCCUGUCACUCACGCAGGUCAGCUGUUGCUAGCUGAAAAUUAUUUAUAAGCCCAUACAUAUGACUUUUUUUUCUUUAACAAAAUCAAUGGAAUACAAUUUGAAUUUGAAAAUUGACUCAAAAAGAAGAAAGAAAGAAAAAGAAAUGUUAUAUUCGAUAGCUCCCUGAUCUUUUUUUUUACUACACAGAGGAGCUGUGGAUGCUAGGGUUUUACUAGCAUUCAUGCUAACGUGAUUGUUGAACAGAAAACUCAACUCACUGAAUACUGAGUCAAAAAAAGAAUCGCUAGAAAGUUAAAACAUCAUAUCUAGCGUAUUCAUUAGCUAGCUGAUGGUUUUUAACACACAUAUGAGCUAAUGUAACCAGGAUGCUAGUGUUUUUUUUUUUGUUUUGUUUUUUAUUCCUCAGAGUUCUUGUUAACACUGCUGAUGAAACUUUGUUGUUCACUGGACCAUUCAACUUGACUUAAUAACUACAGAAGUUCAAUAGCAAGCUAAAAGGAUAAUUAGCCCAGGUAGCUUGCUUCAUAGCCUGAAGGACAGAACAUCGUAGCUUAUCGUAGCCUGAAGGACAGAGCAUCGUACUUAUGCUACGCUAUAUUCUGCGUAUUUUGAACGUUGCGUUUGUAAAACAUUGUGCAGAGGUGCCAAUAUAUUUACAUGUUCAGCCUAGCGUUUUUGUUUAGAUUUUUGUCCACUUGCUAGGUACCAGACAAUUAUGAUUUUCAUUAUUGUCUUGCGCUUAUCUUAUAGUUUUGUUUCAAAAAGCAGACAAAAAAGAUAUUUUAAUAUAUUUGGAUAUAUUUUAUAUACUAGGAUUUUCUCAACGUUGACACCUCUGCAUCAUGCGAAAUAAACAACCAAGAAAGUUCUCAUUACGAGGAAUACUCAAACCUCCUUCAUCCAGUGAGACUACACUGUGUGAAAAACGACUAUCAAGAAACGAGGAGAGAUCGUUUCUCAAACGGACGAUGUUCUAGCGGCGUAUUAACCGUAGCCCUAACUAGACAUCAGUCGUAGCUUUAGCUGUGUAGCUACCCGAGCGUGCGGAGCUGAUAUUUGUCUUUUGUGAUGGAUGUUGUUCUCGUCUUCUUCUUCUUCCACACUGUUGACAAAUAACUAAGCAGAGACGUCGAGUAGACUUAGUACAGGCACACAUGGACCUAAAAGAAGGAUUUUUAAGUUUUCGAUUAAAAGCAACUCAGUAACUUGAUAUAUUUUUGUUUGUAGUUUUCUGCACAAAUUUUCUUUGUUUCGUCUCUGUAAUGAAGUGCAACUCUGUGACAGUGUUAGGGACAAUCUGUGGACGCCGGCCGGCGAUCUACACCACGUUUCGGUACUGUACUCAAUGUAGUCUCUCUCUGUGCAUCUAGCUAAUCUAGCUAGAGUCCUUUCUCGCCGUGCUUGUGGCGUUGGUAAUAUGUUCAGUGCCCUUUGUGUGCUCAGUGACCUUGAUUUGCAUCUGUUUGCGUUUUUAUUGUUAUUAACUAUUUAUUGUUGAAUAUUUAUUCACGUCUGUCGUCACACGAUCACGUGCACUACUGUACUCUACGUCCAUAGCACAUCGAUGUUAUCGGAUCGAUACUGAAGUCUACUGUACACUCCAACACACACACACACACACACACACACACACACACACACACACACACACACACACACACACAAAUUUACACCUUUAUUCACGUUUUAUUUAGCGUCUUUGAAAAACUACCUUUUUAUUAACUAUACCAGAUUAUUUAAAAAAUGUUUAUUCGUGCUAACUUAUUUGAAAUUUGGUGCACACAAUAGAGUGUGAUUGAGUCGUAUCUAUUAUGGGAUGUGAACGAUGGUUGAAGAGAGAAGAGAGAAAAAAAGACCCGUGUCCCGAAUGAGAUGAAGGAACGUUCUAAUAGUGUCACGUAAUCCCUUUAACACUGCUGUAGCUGGACAUUGUGCUCAGUACUAUGUCCUCUCUCUCUCUCUCUCUCUCUCUCUCUCUCUCUCUCUCUCUCUCUCUCUCUCUCUCUCUCUCUCUCUCUCUCUCUCCCCCGAUAUUUUUUUCUGUUUUGUUUUAUCUCUCCUUGUCUUUUGUACGAAGUCAUAUUUAUUUCUAUUUUUGUAGAUUGGAUUGUAUUUUUCUAUUUCACUUAUUCAUCGCCCCCCCCCCCAAUUAUUUAUGAUUCAUCAGGUGGAAAUAUAUGAGAAGAGAAAAAAAAACACGUUCAAUCAAACCACCCAUGCAAUGACGUGUACAGUCUUAGAUUCGUUAAUAUAUAGUUGCUUUUGAACAUUUUAAUGUGAUUUAAACCUAAUAUAUUGAGUUAUUUUAUUAUAUAUUUUGAAGGUUUUUUUUAAUAUUAUUAUUAUUAUUAUUAAUUUUUAUGGAAAACACUUGAGCCUCUCCGUCUCUCCCCCUCACUGACGUGCAGAAACUUGAACACACUUUGAAAGGCUGACUAACCUCGGAUCUGUGUCGUGUCGUGCAAUACCGUUUCUAACGUUUGUAUAAAAGAAUAGUGAGAAUUACAGUGUAUACCUUUUUAAACGCAGAUUUAUUUUUGUCAUUGCCUAUUUUGCAGAGUUCCGAUUCACGGUUGUCAUUUUUUUAUGGUCGGAAAACUAAAAGACAAACCCCUUUUUUUCAUUGCGACUAUUUUUAAAAAAAAAAACAAAAAAAAAACAAGAAAGAACAACAACAACCCAGAUCUCUUUGUAACGAUGUAAAUGAUUGUAGUUUAUUUUGGAUAGCGUUUUUGCUAAGAAAAAAAAAACAAA